UGGCCGACUUUAUUUGAUCGAAAACAAUCGCGAAGUGCGGACGCAAAGUCGAGUGCGAUCCUCCUCGGGCCAGACCUGACAGUAGAGAAAAACCACCCAAGUAGAGAAAACAGCUCGCACUAGAGCACCAAAACCGUACACGGUCUCGAAUCGUCAACUCGUCCAGCGCAAGUGUUGAAGUGCCGUUUUACUUACUGAUCAUCGGUUGUAUUCGCGGUAAAACUCGGACUGUCGAACUUGACUCAUCCAAGAUCAAGUGAUCGUGAGUGUGUAUUAAUUUGCUAUUUUUCUUAAUGAGUUUUGUGAAGGAAAAUAGUUCCGAUUUCGGGUAUCAGAAGAAGUUGGGUUCGGAGUGAUCAAGUUGUGCAAAACACAUAGUGGAUUCUAUCAAUCGUUAGAUCAAUCGGUUGAACCUUACUCACAAGUGCAAGCUAAGGGAAUACGCAACCAGCGCCAAGGAAAGAAUACAACAAACAAGAUGUCAUGAAACUGAAGUUUUUGGCGGAGUAUGUUAGUGGCGUAAUUUUCCGGCUGCCUGUUCAAAAGUGGACCUACAACAGUCGUCUGCUAGCCAAGGGCAAAAGUGGCUCAUUCCUGGAAGAGUGCGGAGAUCCGAGAAAGCUGAGUUGUAAAUCCCGCACAUGCUGGUCCUCGUAUGUUAUUAGGAAAAACAAACCCAAGAGAAGUAGUGUGAAGUGAAUUGUGCGGCAGUAUAGUAGGGCGAGAAGGUUUUUUUUCUACUUCUUCAAAAGCUUGUGCAGAAUAGAGGGGAAGUGACAACUGGGAAAGCCUCAAAACUAGAAAUAGUGUCUAAGCCGAAGUGAGUGGGAGUAUCGGUUUUGUUUCGUUCGUCUUUUGUUGCGCCUGUUGAUCUAUGCUUUUGCUUCGGUCCGGAGAAAUAGUAUACGCAAAGCAAUCCGUAGAAAAAUAUGUCGCUUGAGCUAGAGAAAAAUCGAAAAUAACACAGCAGUUGGUUCCAGUGGAAAAUGGAGCCCAGAUUCCGGUCGAUUACUCGAGUGAAAUAAUCAAAAGUGUCACAAUCCCAGGAUACAAAACCAUCACCAAAACCCCAAGUGUGUGGAUGCUGCAGGCCGAACAAGUUUCGAUAGCCAAGGCCUUAUCAGCACAAAAGAAAGGUGAAUAGUGUUAAAGAGUGUUUUGGGCUUCGGCUUCGUUGAGAAAUAAGAAAAAAAUAAUAUGGUAGUGCCAACGAUGGAUAGUCUGCCACGAGUACCUGACACCCACGGGGACACCGUAGACGAGAAAGUAUUCUCCGACCUGUACAUUAGGACUAGCUGGUUCGAUGCAUCGAUCGCGCUGGAUCAAAUCGAGAAGGGCAAGGCGCGGGGGAGGAGGUCAGCCGUGUACAUGCGAUCCCUGUUUCAGUCCCAUCUCUACAACCUCGGCUGUUCGAUACAGAAACACGCGGGAAAGGUGUUAUUCGUAGCAAUAUUAGUUCUAAGUACCUUCUGCGUAGGCCUCAAAUCUGCAACGGUGCAUUCCAAAGUGCACCAGCUGUGGAUACAGGAGGGCGGCACGUUAGAACACGAACUAGCCUACACCCAGAAAUCCCUCGGCGAAAUGGACUCCUCGACGCACCAGCUAUUGAUUCAAACGCCCAAAGACAUGGAAGCCUCGAUACUACACGCGAACGCACUACUCACGCACUUGGAAGUGGUCAAACAAGCGAUAUCAGUCCGGGUGCACAUGUACGACAUCGAAUGGAGCUUAAAGGACAUGUGCUACUCGCCGAACAUCCCAAACUUCGACACCCAUUUCAUUGAACAGAUCUUCGAGAACAUCAUUCCGUGCGCAAUCAUUACCCCCUUGGACUGCUUCUGGGAGGGCAGCAAGCUGCUAGGACCGGAAUACCCCGUUGUCAUACCGCAUCUGGCAAACAAGGUACAAUGGACCUCGUUGAACCCGCAGAAUCUACUCAAGGACAUCAAAGCUCAGAACUAUCAGUUCCCCUUCGACACAUUAGAGCAGUACAUGAAGCGAGCCGGUAUCGGAACCGGAUACACUGAAAAGCCUUGUCUCAACCCAAAGGACAAACAAUGCCCCGAAACCGCCCCUAACAAGAAAUCUCUUCAAACUCCGGACGUCGCAUCCACCUUAACCGGCGGUUGCUACGGUUUCGCCGCAAAGUAUAUGCACUGGCCCGAAGAGCUGAUAGUUGGCGGUGCUACGCGCAACCGGUCCCAGCACUUGAAAACCGCAAAAGCUCUGCAAACCGUUAUCCAACUCAUGGGCGAACGAGAAAUGUACGACUACUGGAACAAUCACUAUAAAGUACACCACAUUGGAUGGAACCCGGAGAAGGCUGCAGAAGUGUUGAACGCUUGGCAAAAGAAGUUCUCCGCUGAGGUCAACAAGAUCAUGCAGACAGAGGUCAAGCCACUCUCCUACUAUGAAGUAUUCGCCUUCUCCUCGGCAGCUCUGGACGAUAUCCUCGGCAAGUACUCCAACCCUAACCCAAUCAGUUUGGGCAUCGGAAUCGUUGUCAUACUGAUCUACGCAGCCAUCACGCUCCUUCGGUGGAAAGAUCCAGUUAACGGACAAAGCGGAGUAGGUGCUGCCGGUGUUUUACUUAUCGGAGUAACCACCGCUGCUGGGCUGGGUUUCUGCGCUCUACUUGGGAUCGCCUUCAAUGCCGCAACAACACAAGUUAUCCCAUUCUUGGCUCUUGGGCUGGGCGUAGAUCACAUAUUCGUGCUCACUCAUGCUUACGCCGAACGGGAUAACAAUGAGCAAACCGGUCAGGUACUUAAGAAAGCAGGGCUCAGCAUUCUUUUCAGCGGUGCAUCAACCGCUGGUUCGUUCUUCGCUGCCGCCAUGAUCCCUGUCCCCGCGCUUCGUGUAUUCUGCUUCCAAGGAGCAGUACUUCUGGUGUUCAAUCUGGCUGCAGUCCUACUGGUAUUCCCGGCUAUGGUGUCCUUAGAUCUACGACGCAGACGUGCUGGACGUGCAGACAUUCUUUGCUGUUGCUUACCGGCACUUCCCAUCACCAACCACGACGUUAAACAACGACAGCAACACCAAACCGCCAACGCAGAUGACUCUCUUAUCGACUGCCCAACAAAAGCAUGCUUCAGCUUCUCUAUCUCCAAGUUUGCCGUUAAGCACUACGCUCCUUUCAUCACCAAGAGUUCAAUCAAAGUUCUAUCCAUGUUGUUGCUCACGGGAAUCAUUGGCGUUUCACUGUUUGCAUCGAUGAAACUGCCCGACGGCUUGGAGCUAACCGACCUCGUUCCCCAGAACACCAACGAACACAAAUUCCUCAGCGUGCAAGGAAAACUCUUCGGAUUCUACAGCAUGUUCGCCGUAACGCAAGGUGACUUCGAAUACCCGACCAACCAAAAGCUGCUACACGAAUACCACGAAGCAUUCGUAAGGGUGUCCCACGUGAUCAAGAACGACAACGGAGGCCUGCCAGAGUUUUGGUUGAGCCUGUUCCGAGACUGGCUGAUCAACCUGCAGAAGGCGUUCGAUCGAGACUACCGCGAAGGACGAAUAACGCAAGAACGGUGGUUCUCUAAUGCUAGUGACGACGCGAUACUGGCCUACAAGCUACUGGUACAAACCGGCCACGUGGACAAUCCGAUCGACAAAAGUCUGGUGGCGCAGGUUCGCCUGGUGGACUCGGAAGGCGUGAUCAACCCUAGGGCAUUUUACAACUAUCUAUCGGCGUGGGCCUGGAACGACGUACUUGCGUACGGCGCGUCACAGGGAAACUUGCGCCCCGAGCCCCGGGAAUGGUUCCAUUCGCCGAGUGACUUUGAGCUGAAAAUUCCCAAAAGCGCACCGCUGACCUACACGCAACUGCCGUUCUAUCUGCACGGGCUGAGCGACACCCAAGACAUCAAAGUGAUGAUCGGCCAGAUUCGGGAGCUAAGUCGACGAUUCGAAGCGAGAGGCCUGCCCAACUAUCCGUCAGGAAUUCCAUUCCUCUUCUGGGAGCAGUACAUGAACCUCAGGCCGUGUCUGUUGAAAGCGAUCGGGUGCGCUCUAGUGGCUGCCUUCUGCUUGGUAGCCCUGCUGCUACUGUCCGUCUGGGCUUCGAUCCUGAUCGUGUUCAGUAUCGUAACCAUGCUGAUCCAGCUGUUGGGAGUUAUGAUCCUGCUAGGAAUCAACCUGUCGGCCAUUCCGGCUGUCAUACUGAUAGCCAGCAUUGGGCUGGGCGUUUGCUUCACCGUCCACGUGUCACUGGGAUUCAUCACAGCGAUCGGUAAUCGCGAUCGUCGAAUCAAACUGGCACUGGAGCAUUCGCUGGCCCCGGUCAUCCACGCCGUCAUGACUUCGAUCCUGGCCGUCCUAAUGCUGUCCACCUCAUCGUUCGAGUUCGUAGUGCGACACUUUUUCUGGCUGUUGCUGUCCGUACUGGUCAUCGGCGCGGUCAAUGGUUUGUUAUUCUUCCCGAUCCUACUGAGUCUGGUAGGUCCGGGAGCAGAAAUCAUCCCAUUGCAGUACGCCAAUCGGAUAUCGACGCCAUCACCACCACCGAAACGAAUCAACAAAAUUUCGAACAAAGCAUUCAUCUUGAACAACAAACGAUCCUCGUCGAGGAAUUGCUCGAAAUCGCAUCAUCAUCAUAAGCACAAUAACGUCAACGUCAAUAACGAACCUUCGCUGACCACCAUUACGGAGGAACCGCAGUCCUGGAAGAGCUCGGCCUCGUCCAUACCCUCUAUCCACGAGAAAAGCAAUCUGAACGUCAACUAUGGUAACCAUCAGGCACCAGAACUGCAGAGUAUCGUUCUCCAGCCGGAGGUCACCGUUGAAACCCAUCACCACGGAGGUGAGCACCAGAAUACGAAGGUAACCGCUACUGCAAACAUUAAGGUCGAACUGGUAACCCCAGGUCGGGGAGCACCCCGAAUGGUCCGCACCAGCAGCACCAGUAGCAGUAGUGGGAACAGUAGCAGUUAACAAGUUGGUAGCUUUUAUUAGAUAAGUAUGUAUGCAUUUGUAAAUAGGACAAUUCCUUCUACCACUCUUUAUAAUAUGAUAUGCUACAAUUUAUUUAUUUGUUUUCCCUCCUCCAAAAGAAGAAGUAUUAUUUUACUACUAGAGUAGCAAUAGUACACGAUGAAGUUUUUUUGUCUAUUUACGCCAAUACUCACUACAAGAUUGAACAAUGUGUCUAUUGUUAAUAGCAUGAAAGCGAAUCGAUUGUGUAAUUUGUAUAGCAGCUUGAAAUUUGUUCCUCCCACUUUAUUUGAAGAGAAAGAUCAAAAGAAAGCAACGACGAACUGAAUAAACUAGUGUUAGCAUAACUGUAACUCGUAAGACUCGUAUCUUUUGCAGUAUAGAAACAGAUUUUGUUUCUCAAAAAAUCUAAUCAUGUAUAAAAUCCUAACUAUAUAUUCUAUAUUCAAUUGCGGGUUCGAGACACGAAGAUGCAUGCUUUAAGGCCAAAUAUUUUCAGUUUUAUAAACGAAAUUUUACUCCUAUAGCUUAUUUUGCCGUUAAACUGCAACAAAACUAUGUAUGUAAAUAGAAACCAAGAUUUUAAAAUACGUGUACAAUUCCCAUGAAAGCAAAAAAUAAAGUAUAUUUUUCCUGACAAAAGAUGUACUUAAGCGUAGUCGUUUAUCCUGUACCAUAACUACUGCAAGCAAACUUAACUUUAAAGGCACAAUUAAUGUAUACCGAAAAUAAACUAAAGACAGAAACCAAACGCAUUUCAUCAGCAAUUAUCUAAUUGUUACAAAAACAAACAAAAAGCACAACAAAAACAAAUCAAACCUUACAAACACUAUUGUUACAUAAUUCUGAGAUUGUUUGGCUUCUAUUCUUCCAAAAUUAUACCUUCGAAAAAAAACAUAGCAUCUAAUAUAUUAUAGAGGAAAUGAAAGAGUGAAACGGAAAUUUAAGCUUAAAAUGAAACGUAAUUAAGGAUGUUACCAAUUUUGAACAACUUGCAACAAUAGUAACUUAAUUAUCGAAACUGAAAAUCGACUAUUUUGCGGUGUUACUUGUUUAGGAAGAAAGAUAUCACUGAAAAAUCGAUAACAAACGAACAAAAAUUGAAAUACUUUUAUCAUUAUUACUAAAAAAUAAACAAAUAUUACUCUAAAAAACGAACAACUUUAAAAAACAUAUUUAUUUAUUUUCUGCCCGUUGCUCAGGCGCAAAUGUAAGGUAGUAAUUUAAAACAAAACAUGGAACAAAAUUUUUGUUGAAGCGAAUUCGCUCGCAUGAAGGCAUCGAGAAACGAGUACAUAAACAUACAUCAGAAAAGAUGAUAUUUGCUGUAAUUAGGCACUACAAGCAGAACGUGGAACAGGUUUAAACUAAACAAAUUGAAUUGAAUGGUGGUGAUUGGUUGUGGGUUCUGAUGCUUUGUUUCACGUUUGAGUAACUGCUGCGAUCGAUCCGGGUUAAAUGAGCAGUAAUUUAAACUGAAUCCAUCACGGCAGUUACAUCCACGUAUAAUACGAGUAGCAGAAAAGUUUGGUGAUUGACUUUGUGUGUGUGAAUGGUGAAUGACUGCAAGCAGAGGAAAUCGAGUAAACGGAGUACGCUAGAUAAGAAACAAAAAUGGAAAAUUCUUAACGAGUCUAGUAGGUUAAUAUUAUUUGAGUUUUACAAUGUGUACGGUAAUGUGUUUCCAAAUAAAUAAAAAAACGAGAAAAUGCUGCAUAAUAAAUGCAUGGUAAUGCCUGUCACUAAAUA